AUGGUCAAGAUUGCUGUAGCUGGCGGUUCUGGCGCCGUCGCCCAGGAGGUCAUCGAAGCGCUAAUUGCAACCAAGAAACACGAAAUCCUGAUAUUAUCAAGACAGGAACCUCCGACAAGAUCCCAGUCUGAAGUGUCGUGGGCUCAUGUAGACUACAACAGCGUCGACCAGUUGGUGACAGUUUUGAAUGGAUUUGAUGUUCUUCUUUCCUUUAUUGUCGUCUUGACAGACCCGGGCAACGUGGCGCAAAAAAAUCUCAUCCAUGCCGCCAUCCAGGCGGGCAUAAAACGAUUUGCUCCUAGCGAAUGGGCAACAUCUAGCGUUGAUUAUAUGCCCUGGUACGGCGGCAAAGCCGAGGUUCAUGAUUACCUGGUGGAAUUGAACAAGACGGAAAAAGUGCUAGAGUACUGCCUCUUCCAGCCGGGAAUGUUUACGGAUUACUUGGUACACCCAUACAACUCAGCCAAGCACUUUCGUUCCUUCGAGACACAGUUCGACUUUUACAAUCGCCGCGUGCUUGUGCGAGAGGAGGGAUUGGGUGAUGUCGUCACGUUUACCACCUUGGAGGAUUUUGCGAAUAUCGUGGUCAAGGCCGUCGAGUAUCAAGGCGAAUGGCCCACUGUGGGUGGAAUCCGAGGCACAGAUAUCUCCAUCGGGGAGCUCAUUGCUCUGGGUGAGAAGGUCCGAGGUGCGCCAUUCAACGUGGAGACAUUAAGUACCCAGGAUCUCAAGGUCGAGAAAAUACAGAGCACCUGGAGGCCCAAGGUCGACCAUCCAUCAAUGCCCCCGGAGCAGACUGAUGCUCUCGCCGGUAAGCUCUUGUCUGGUGUGCUGCUGGCGAUCUCGGCUGGCGCUUUCCAGGUGUCGGACGAGUGGAAUCGACUGCUACCCGACUAUCAGUUCACCGGGGCCGACGACUUUCUAUCUCGAUUCUGGCAGGACAAGCUGUAG